AAACAACGCAGUACUGAAAAAAUGGACUGUAAUAAUCAUAACGUCGAUCAAUUGUCGUUUGGUAAUACUAAAUUCGUGUUUCAUUUACCAUUUUUGUUUGCAGCUUUGAUGAAUUUUCCAAUAUUAAAACGAUAAAUAAUGUAAUACUUUUAAGCAGCGUUACAAUAUUCUGGAAUUCAGGAAACCUGGAAUUCAGAUCAACUAUACCGGAUGGUCAAGGAGACAGAAGAUAUUAGAUCAAAAUUGUUAGAAUGUCAAAAAGAAUGUAAAGACACUGAGAUAGAAAUAUAUAACGUAAAUCAACUAAAAGAUAAAGAUGAAGAAUUAAAAGAAAUUCAUUGUAAUUAUAUGAAAUGCAAUGAGAAAGCAAACUUUAAUGAGACCGUUCAACAAAAAAUUAAUUCCUUAAUAUCACAAAGAGAUAACUUGAAAAAAGAAUUAGAUGAAUUAAAGAAAACAGCAGAUAAGAAUAACAAAGAACUAAUGGAGAUGCAAAAAAUGAUUACAAUUCAAGAAAAGAAAAAUAUGGCACUGGCCCGAAAAUUGAAAAAAAUGGUGGAGAAUAUGCGAAUAACGCCAGAUUUAUCUGAGAAAGUGAAUAUGAUCCUAGCUGAUCCCAGAUUAAUCAAUAUAAGAAAUUCUAAUUAA